AUGGCCCAAUUCAGAACUAAACACUAUGGAGUUGCCCUGUGCCUGAUAUUUUCCCUCUUCGUGGGAUCGUCAAGUGCCGCGUGCUGCACGGAUGGCGAGACAAAAGUGGAUCCGGAUGAUUGCACCAAGUAUCUAGCCUGCUGUCACGGCGAAUUUGUAUCCAAGUCGUGUGCAAGCGGAUCCUAUUGGAAUUCGGAUCUAGAAGUCUGUGCCGUAGACGAAGGCCAGUGCAAUCCUCCAGGCUGUGUGGAAGGAGAAAUUGCGCCGAAUCCGGAUAACUGUGCCGGCUAUUUAGAGUGUGUUAACGGAAACGUAGUAAUCCAGACCUGUCCGGAUGGUGACUACUUCAACUCGACCCUGAAUAAGUGCGUUGAAGAUACCUGCGGAUGCAACGGAAGUGGAUCGUCGUGCACUGAUGGUGAUCUUAAAGUGGACCCCACCGAUUGCGCAGGAUACUUGGCUUGCUCGAAUGGCAACUGGGUGAGCAAGCAGUGCGCCGAUGGAGCUUACUUCAACGCCACACUUGAGACUUGUGUGGAAGACGUCGAUGGAGUGUGCGUUAAAUGCACUGAUGGUGAUCUUAAAGUGGACUCCACCAAUUGCGCAGGAUACUUGGCUUGCUCGAAUGGCAACUGGGUGAGCAAGCAGUGCGCCGAUGGAGCUUACUUCAACGCCACACUUGAGACUUGUGUGGAAGACGUCGAUGGAGUGUACGUCGAUGGAGUGUGCGUUAAAUGCACUGAUGGUGAUCUUAAAGUGGACUCUACCAAUUGCGCAGGAUACUUGGCCUGCUCGAAUGGCAACUGGGUGAGCAAGCAGUGCGCCGAUGGAGCUUACUUCAAUGCCACACUUGAGACUUGUGUAGAAGACGUCGAUGGAGUGUGCGUUAAUUGCACUGAUGGUGAUCUUAAAGGGGACUCCACCAAUUGCGCAGGAUACUUGGCCUGCUCGAAUGGCAACUGGGUGAGCAAGCAGUGCGCCGAUGGAGCUUACUUCAAUGCCACACUUGAGACUUGUGUAGAAGACGUCGAUGGAGUGUGCGUUAAAUGCACUGAUGGUGAUCUUAAAGUGGACUCCACCAAUUGCGCAGGAUACUUGGCUUGCUCGAAUGGCAACUGGGUGAGCAAGCAGUGCGCCGAUGGAGCUUACUUCAAUGCCACACUUGAGACCUGUGUAGAAGACGUGGAUGGAGUGUGCGUUAAAUGCACUGAUGGUGAUCUUAAAGUGGACUCCACCAAUUGCGCAGGAUACUUGGCCUGCUCGAAUGGCAACUGGGUGAGCAAGCAGUGCGCCGAUGGAGCUUACUUCAAUGCCACACUUGAGACUUGUGUGGAAGACGUCGAUGGAGUGUGCGUUAAUUGCACUGAUGGAGAUCUUAAAGUGGACUCCACCAAUUGCGCAGGAUACUUGGCUUGCUCGAAUGGCAACUGGGUGAGCAAGCAGUGCGCCGAUGGAGCUUACUUCAAUGCCACACUUGGGACUUGUGUAGAGGACGUCGAUGGAGUGUGCGUUAAGUGCACAGAGGGAUCUACCAAACCCUUGGACGACUGUACCAAGUAUGAGAUCUGUUCCGGUGGCCAGUAUGUGACCAAGUCCUGCAACAGUGGUUACUACUGGAACAACAAGACAGAGGCCUGCGAAGUGGACAAUGGACAGUGCAACGGAAGUGGAUCGUCGUGCACUGAGAAUGAAGUUAAAGUGAACCCUGCCGAUUGUGCCGGAUACCUGCAGUGCAUAAACGGAAUCUUUGUGGCCAGGAAGUGCUCCGCCACGCAGUUCUUCAAUGCCACAUUGGAGCAAUGCGAGGUCGACACUGAGAAUGUGUGUAUUCCGAAGACCUGCGAUUCCGACUGCUGCGAUGUGCCCAACAAUUCCAUCUGGCCCGUGGAGAAGAAUUGCUCCGCCUUCUACCAGUGCGUCAAUGGCAUCAAAUAUGAGCAGCGGUGCUCCAACAAUCUGCAAUACAAUUCGAAAAUAGAGCAGUGCGAUUAUCCCGAAAAUGUUGACUGCGACGAUGGAUCGGCGCCGCCAAGUGGUCCAAAUGCCGGACCCUCGGGAACGUACUGCGAGAGCCACGGACGAUGUGUUGGCCAGCGGGAUGGUACCAUGUUCGGUGCUGCCAGCGGAACAUGUAGUUCCGAAUAUGUCGUCUGCCAGUGCGAGUGUGAGGUGAACUUCACUUGUUCCUCUGGACUUUUGUACAAUUCGGUGGUCAAAUCCUGCGAUUGGGCCGAUAAUGUUAAGUGCUAA